AAUAGUGUAUCUAUGAAAGCCUCUAUCAUUUUAAUACCCAUAUCCUUAUCCUGUUUCGACUAUUCCUUCAUUUAUGUCAAACAUUGAUUGAAUUGUUUUGUAAACAACGCCAAAAAAAACGCUCUCAUUGUUCAACAAUAUUUAUUUUUAUACAUUGCAAUUUCAACGAUAUUCAGAAAAAAAACGCAACUUCAACAAAGUGCAGAUGCUAAUUGAAUUAGUAUUGUGUGUACGCAAAAUAAUAUUGACAACUAAAAGUCCCAAAGGAUAUUAGUAUUCAGUGAUUUUAUUCAGUGUUGCAUCGCAGCAAAUAAAAACGAACGUAACGAAAGUGCCCAGAUUAAAUAAAUGACAACCAUUUUAAAUAAAAAAGCAAUGAAAACCAACAAAAUUUCAAAACAAUACCAGGCGACGAUAUUUAGCGCAAAACUCAUGAUUUAUGGACCAGUGACGCAUUGUAAACAGACAAUUUCAUUGGAACGAUAGUGACGGAUUGGAUUGUGUAACAAAUUUGUGAAUUAUCAUCGCAAAUGAUGGAAAUCGGAAAAGUGAUUCAAGUUUUGAGUCAGCCCAAGACUCCAGCAAUAUCAAUUAUGGAUUUGGGCAAACAGCUGUUGGAGAGUGCAAAAGAAGGGCACACGACUAAAGUGCACGAUCUUAUGUGUCGUGGUGCGCCCUUCACGACCGACUGGCUGGGCAAAUCAGCACUUCAUAUGGCUGCUGAAAAUAAUCACUAUGAUACCUGCGAAGUAUUACUUCGGGCUGGUAUUAGCCGAGACUCACGAACCAAAGUCGAACGAACACCAUUACAUCUGGCCGUCUGCAAUGGUCACGAAAAAAUUGUCAAAUUAUUGCUGAGUCAUAAAUGUGAUGUGAACGCUAGAGAUAUGUUGAAGAUGACACCAUUACAUUGGGCGGUCGAAGAGGAUUAUCCAUAUCUUGUGAAAUUGCUGCUAAAACACGGUGCCGAUCCAUAUUGCGAAUCGAAAAAUGGAGAGACGCCCAUGUCAUUAGCCGAACAAUUAAGAUUCGAUGACUUGGCUCGAAUGAUGAGUACAUACAAAAUUCAGGCGGCUGUCAGUAUGGAAGAACAGCAAGAAGCCACCGACAGCAUCAUGCAGGAAAUAGAGAGAGACAGUUUAAGCUCGUUUAAACAUAGUGAUGCGGAUAUAAGUCAAGAUUCGACAUCAUGUGAGGAUAGUUCAUCAGCGAUCAUCAAUUUGCAGGCCAAUUUAAAUAGUUCCAAUCAACAAUCGAACUCGUCUACGCUACAACUGUUACAAGAGGAUUUAGCUGUUGAUGAUACAAAUAAUUUUCUACAGUCAGCCGUUGCAUGCGGUCGACAAAUUAUUGUCACCGAAUUUGGAAAACAAAUGAUACUUAAAGUACAAAACUCAAAUUCAACAACUAAUACAACUCAGACGGUGUCAUCAAAUUCAGUGCAGGUCAAAAAUGGCGAUGUAAAACAAAAGCCGGUUGGAAUUAUCAUGGCAAAUUCAUCAACACCAAAAGUGCUAACGAAACCGAAUAUCGUGAAACGGAUCACCACCGAAGAAUUAAACAAAUUGUGUGGCGAAGGUAAAGUGAUCAAAACUGUUUGUAAUCCACAAACACUGACGAAUGGCACGAUUCGAUUUCCAAAAUAUCGAUUGAUGCAAAAAGUAGGGAAUAAUGAUAGUUCGAAUUUACAAACAGUGAAAGUGAUCAAUAAGUCAUCAAUUUCGAAUAGUUCAGUUGGACCGGCGACAAUAACAACAGCAAAGAAGAUGGUGAUAAAAAGUGAACCGCCGCAAUUGACAAAUUUUACAACGACAGCACCGAAACUAAAUAAAACAUCAAAUUCACCGGUGAGGAUUAGUGAGCAAAAAAUGGUACAAAUUCCAAUGACGGAUUAUCUUGAUAUGAUGAAACAAAUGAAGGAGUUGAAAGAGCGUUUGACACGACUUGAAGAGCACUGUGAGGAAACCAUUGGAUUCGUGCCGAUUUAGUUUUUCACAUCUUGAACGAAUGGGCGACCGCACUUGCAUUUUCCCGAAAGACAAUUUCCCGAAAAAACUUUUUCUCGAAAAAAAAUUCCCGAUCAAAGUUUUUUAACUGUGGUUAAGAUUUCUCAUGAACAAAGUCUGAUGAAGUUUUGGUGAAUUUUGCUUAAAAGAAGAGUGAACUUUUAUCCGAAUCCUAAAUCAAAUUGAAUUGAAAAAAAAAAUCGGAAAAAUGUACCGUUCGGGAAAAAAAAAUCGGGAAAUCAACUUUCGGGAAAUCGUAUUUUCGGGAAUCAUUUUCCGUCGCCACUCGCAUGAAAUUUUUAUUGUUUCCCUUUUUGUGGACGGAAGUAGGUUCUGUGAACUUAGUCUGAUCACUUCAUUUAAACAUUUUUUUUAAGCACAUCAUAUUUUAACUUAAUGAUAAAACAAUAUGAUUUCAACACUCAUUAUCAUCACCCAUUUCUGACGCCCACACAAAACACAUGCAUACACACACCGAAUACUCAUUUGAAAUUCACAUACUUUUUGAUUCACAAAUAUUUUGUGAUAAAUAUGUGAAUUAUCAACUCUAUCGCUUCCGAUUGGUGUGAUGUUCAAAAAAUUAAAAAAAGCCCAGAAUCUGUGCAUUUGUUAAUCCAUUUUACACGUUUCAAGGAAAAUCUUUUUCAUUUUAGAUAAAAUAUAGUUGUUAAAGUGUACAUUGUUUAAAUCCAAAAUUAUGUAUUCACAUAAGUCCUGUUUAUGCGAUAAGUAAUAUUGUUUAAUAUGCGAUUUUCUGUAAACAAAAAUAACAUAAAUUAACUUAACUGCGUCGAGCGUUAUAAAAGUUACAAUAUUUUUAUAAAAACAAAUAAAAUUUUAUGCAUGAACAUC